AAGUCACGACGUUACCUGUCCAAGAAAGAUCUGAGGAUAUAGACAUUGAAGUCAUAGAAACCUUUCCGGAGCCAUUACCUCGAAAUACGAAAGAAAGCAGCGAUCAUUUAACCAGGAUAUUUGUCAGUAGAACACAAGUGAAGCUCACUUUCCCGUGUCAAUCUGCUGAUGCGGUCUCAAUUCAAGGACGAUUUUUCCUUUGAGAAACGAAAAACGGAAUCUCAAAGGAUCCGUGAAAAGUAUCCUGAUCGAAUCCCUGUAAUUUGUGAGAAAGUCGACAAAUCCGAUAUCGCCGCCAUUGACAAAAAGAAGUAUCUGGUUCCAUCAGAUCUUACCGUUGGCCAGUUCGUAUAUGUCAUUAGAAAACGUAUCAAACUUUCCCCAGAAAAAGCUAUCUUUAUUUUUAUCGAUGAGAUUUUACCUCCUACUGCUGCUCUGAUGUCCACGAUUUACGACGAGCACAAGAGCGAAGAUGGCUUUUUGUACAUCACUUAUUCUGGAGAAAAUACCUUUGGGAUUUUCCUCCUUUAAUUUUUGUAAACUUUUCGCACUCCCCUUUUUUCUUAUGUUUUUCCCCUGUUCUUUUAUCAUCGUUGAGUAAUAAGGCAUUUUGCAAAGCUAAAAUUGAGCAAGUAACAAAAAAGAAAGAGAAAAGAAAAUCACUUCGAAAAUGCCUUUUUUUUUCGCUCUUAUGCUACAUAUUUUUCACGCGGUUUUCUAUACCUUUUACUGAUGAAGCUUAUGAAAUGAAAUAUGCCUUGUGUUGAUUCGCAUAAACUGACAAUUCGACUUCAAUGGAUUUGCAGUUUCCAUGCUUAUUCCUUUUUUAUAUACUUUUUUACCCUACACUAUGUAUUAGGGUUGUUAAUGAAAUGUACCUUUAACCUCCA